AGCUAAAAUUAAGACUUAUCUCAAGAGCAUUUAAAUGCUGUAAUCCUAAAUGCUGUUUCAUACAAAACAAGAAAACAAAGGGAAAAUUUGAUAAAGUAGGCAGCCCUAAAAUGGUAAUUCUUUCACCACACUUUUCUAGUUUUCUUUAACAUUUUCUUCGUCACGCUUUCUGCGGUAAAACGAAAUCAAUAGAAAAUUAGAAAAUGUAUCCAAAAUCACCUUUUCUGCGUAACCCACUUGUUGAGUCGCAAAUUCUUAAAAGGAAUCCUGCUCAGUUAGGGGAGCUGAUGAGUUGGUUAUGUCGGCCGCCAACUAUUACAACAUAUCGCGUAAAUAUGCUCCGAACAACAGUUCAGGCAUUCAAACAAAAAUUGCGGUUAGUACUACAAGAAAGAUACCCACAACCACCUCAAGUGUACGAAGUUUCCAACAUCCCUGAAGUGCUUUGCAUAUCACCCAUAUUACUUAAGAAUAUGGAUAUAAAGCUAAAACAGACGGAAUUACAACGUGAAGUUGUAGUUGAUAGUUGUUGUGGUGCGUCCUUACUACGUGGCGCUCACAUCUAUGCGCCUGGUGUUCUAGCUAUGGAAGCGGGCACAAAAUUAGGUGAGCAAGUAUUGGUAUAUGCCGAUUUAGCGGGUAAGUGCAAACAAGGCACGAAUACACGCUAUGAUUCGCCUGAUAAACUUCUUUUGGGUGUGGGUACUAUUCGGAUGCAACGUCAUCAGAUUUUCGGUCCCUCAACUAAUAGUUGUACAAAUAGCGAACCCGAGCCAUUGAAAGGGAUCGCAGUAGAGAUGUUGGCCACAACGUCUGGAGUACCCAGUAUUGGUGAUCUAAGCUGCAGUGAAGCCCUACUACAGAACCUGCCCUCUAUUCUAUGCGUGCGCGUGCUGAACCCUCAAUUUGGCGAACGUAUAUUAGACAUGUGUGCAGCCCCCGGAAAUAAAACGACUCAUAUUGCAGAGAUGAUGACCGAUCAAGGAGAAAUAAUAGCUCUUGAUAAGGUGCCAAAGAAGAUAUCAGUUAUGAAAGAAAAGAUAACGAGUGAAGGCUUAAAGAGCAUACGUGCGUACGCCUUCGACGCUACGAAAGCAUUUGAUCCAUCUAAACCAGCGGGAGCUAAGCAUAGUUUACUUGAACCACCUUUUGGGGCUAAUACGUUCGAUAAAAUUUUGCUAGAUGCACCUUGUAGCGCUUUGGGGAAUAGACCAUUUCUGAUAGCUCCAUCCAAUAUGACGUCAUCCAUGCUCGGAUCGUAUCCGAAAGUACAGAGAAAAUUAUUUUCGGCAGCUGUGCCUUUGCUCAAACCCCACGGUGUGUUAGUUUAUAGUACUUGCACAGUGACUGAGGCAGAGAAUGAAGGCAUAGUAGCUUGGGUUCUCGAAAAAUUCCCUCAGAUGCGACUAGUCGAAGCUACACCCCGUUUUGGCGGAAAUGGCUUAGAACACACUGGUCUAAAUAAUGAAGAGAGACAAUACCUGCAGCGGUUUAACUACAAUUCAACAGAAACCGAAGGAAUACACAUAGAUACUGUAGGAUUUUUUAUAGCGAAAUUUAUAAAAUGUGGUUGAAGUUACACCAAUUAAACACCACUCAAAUGUU